CUGCUUUCCUGUGUGAGGGUGAGGCUUGGGCCAGGUUCCCCAGGAGGCUCAUCUCUAUUGCGCAGCGCUACGGCGACCCACAACUCCGAGGCUCGGCUGGAUGUUGAGAGUUGAGGGAGCAGCCGUUUCGGGUGGGCCCAGGGGAGGAGCUGACAGGAAUCGGCGUGGGUCCCGCCCUGAACUACAUUUCCCAGAGGGCCUGGUGGCCUGCCACUUUUCUCGCAGGAAUUCGAACGUUUCGUCACUCCUGGCGGGACCCUUAGAUCUGGGAGGUGAGAUAUUUUGGUCCCCAGGAGAACUGGCUCAGGUUGCAAGUUCCCAUCCGGGAUGACUCGAAGGGGCUUAGGAAACCUCUCUGAGGUCUGGUCAGAUUCCAACCCUGGACAGCAGUGAACACAACCUUUCCUCUGAGCCACUGGAAUUGGACAGGAUGCCCCAUUCUCCUCUGAUCUCCAUUCCUCGUGUGUGGUGUCACCCAGAAGAGGAGGAAAGAAUGCAUGAUGAACUCCUGCAAGCAGUAUCCAAGGGGCCUGUGAUGUUCAGGGAUGUUUCCAUAGACUUCUCUCAAGAAGAAUGGGAAUGCCUGGACGCUGGUCAGAUGAAUUUAUACAAAGAAGUGAUGUUGGAGAAUUUCAGCAACCUGGUUUCAGUGGGACUUUCCAAUUCUAAGCCAGCUGUGAUCUCCUUAUUGGAACAAGGAAAAGAGCCCUGGAUGGUUGACAGAGAGCUGACUAGAGGCCUGUGUUCAGAUCUGGAAUCAAUGUGUGAGACCAAAAUAUUAUCUCUAAAGAAGAGACAUUUCAGUCAAGUAAUACUUAACCAUGAAAACAUGUCUACUUUUAUUCAGCCCACAUUUCUUAUUCCACCUCAAAAAACUAUGAGUGAAAAGAAACCAUGGGAAUGUAAGAUAUGUGGAAAGACCUUUAGUCAGAACUCACAAUUUAUUCAACAUCAGAGAAUUCAUUUUGGUGAAAAACCCUAUGAAUCUAAGGAGUAUGGGAAGUCCUUUAGUCGUGGCUCACUCGUUACUCGACAUCAGAGGAUUCACACUGGUAAAAAACCCUAUGAAUGUAAGGAAUGUGGCAAGGCUUUUAGUUGUAGUUCCUAUUUUUCUCAACAUCAGAGGAUUCACACUGGUGAGAAACCCUAUGAAUGUAAGGAAUGUGGAAAAGCCUUUAAGUAUUGCUCAAACCUUAAUGAUCAUCAGAGAAUUCACACUGGUGAGAAACCCUAUGAAUGUAAAGUAUGUGGAAAAGCCUUUACUAAAAGUUCACAACUUUUUCUACAUCUGAGAAUUCAUACCGGUGAGAAACCUUAUGAAUGUAAAGAAUGUGGGAAAGCCUUUACUCAACACUCAAGGCUUAUUCAGCAUCAGAGAAUGCAUACUGGUGAGAAACCUUAUGAAUGUAAGCAGUGUGGGAAGGCCUUUAAUAGUGCCUCAACACUUACUAACCAUCGCAGAAUUCAUGCUGGUGAGAAGCUCUAUGAAUGUGAAGAAUGUAGAAAGGCCUUUAUUCAGAGCUCAGAACUUAUUCAACAUCAGAGAAUCCAUACAGAUGAAAAACCAUAUGAAUGUAAUGAAUGUGGGAAGGCCUUUAAUAAAGGUUCAAACCUUACUCGACAUCAGAGAAUUCACACUGGUGAGAAACCCUAUGACUGUAAGGAAUGUGGAAAGGCUUUUGGUAGUCGCUCUGACCUCAUUCGCCACGAGGGAAUUCAUACUGGUUGAAUGACAAUAAAGUAAGACCAUUUUGUUAACCUUCAUAAUAAAUUUUUUUAAAACAGGUAAUGAGAACAAAUUAGGAUACACAUUAUCAAAGGUUCUCCUAUGUAUUAGUUUUUAAACAAUACGAUAACAAAGUACCAAGUACAAAAACCUUGGUGGCUUAAAACAAGAGAAAUUUAUUCUCUUACAGUUUAGAGCCUGGAAAUCUAAACUCAAGGGUGCUGACAGUUUUGGUUCCUUCUGAGGACUCUGAGGAUCUGUUCUAUGCCUUUUUCCUAACCUCUGUUAACAGCUGGCAGUCCUUGGCAUUCCAUAGCUUUUACAUACACCAUUCCAAUCUCUGCCUCCAUCUUCACAUUGCAUUCUGCCUGUGUAUCUCUGUGUAUGUCUUUUAUUUGGACACCAGUCAGGUUAGAUUGGGGUUACCUGGUGACCUCAUC